CAUGAAUCACUGAAUUAAUUUACGUCAUUACGUCCUUUAUCUUCUAUUGACGUAAGCACGCCCCACACACAUACACACACACUCUCUAUCUUAAAGGGACUUUCACUGAGUCCGUAACACAGGCAGUGAAUUCCAUAUCCCAAUUGCCUUUGAAAUUAAAAUAUUUGAACUGAAGUUUUUUUUUCCCCUUACAUAUUCCAUGCACACUUUGGCAAAAACCUCAGCUCUCUGCCCCCUGGUCCUUGGACCACUUGCAAAUGAUAUAUUCCUUUGCUAAACCAGUCAAGACCUCGUCUGCAGAUACAAGAGACUGCAGAUGCUGGAAUCUGGAGCAAACAACAGUCUAUUGAAACAACUCAGCGAGUCGAGCAGCAUCUGCGGAGGGAGAGGAAUUGUUGACACAGUACAUCCCCACGACUUGGCUACGGUUCUUUCCGAUUAAUGAUGAUUUUCCCCCUCUAAAUAAAACUUACACACCGCCCGGGUGGAAGAGUUUGGUCGCGGUGGUGCCCUGAGCAUGAAGUGGGGAAGAGGGGCGCCCAGUGCGCGUGCACGGGCGCGCGGGAAGUGGCGGGAGCGCGCGCACGGACGGCUAUGUAAGCGCGCGCGGCUCCCCCCCCCCACGUGGUUUGGGAGUGCGCGCCCCCGCCGCCGCCCUGGAGCGAGUGAAGCGACCGCGGGCGGGCAGCACCCUCCAGCGGCCGAGCCGGCGCCAGCCGCAGCGUCGGUGUAGGCCUCGGACACGCAGCUGUCAAUCCCCCGAGCCGAGCGAGUGCGAGGAAGGCGGCGGUGUCAGAAUGAUUUUUAAGUAUUGUCCAGAUUGUGGCCAGAAUUUAGAAGCUACUUUCAACUUUUGUCCAUCAUGUGGUUUCAAGAUACCCAAAGGAGAAAAAGAGGAGGAAUUGCAGCCUGUUUCCGCCCAUUCCACAGCAUCUUCAGUUCAAACUGAGCCCAGUCCAAAAGCACCCAAAAUAAAGUGCUCCCCUGUGAAAAUAAUCUCUCCCAAAAGAGAACUAGCUUCUCCCAAGAGAAAACGAGAAAGUGAACCGAGCUCUCAGAGAUCCCCCAUAAAGUCAUCACUCGUUUUGAAAAGUCCAAAAGGAAAACGGCAAAAGAAUAAUCCAUUGGAACCGCUUGCAGAAAACGAAAUCCUGACUGAUCAGAACAAUAAAAAAUGGGAACUUAUCAGUCUUCUUUCUCAGCAUGAAACUGAAUUUGGGUUGCUCUAUUCAGCACAGCAAGUGACUGGCUCCUCACAAUGCAACUACAUGGUUAAAGUGGAUGCAAAGGAUGGUCGAAUUUUUAAUGAACAAAAUUUUCUCCAGCGUGCUGCAAAGCCAAUUAAAGUUGACAAAUGGAUGAAGUCUCGUGUGAUGACAUUUCUGGGAAUUCCUACAUGUAUUGGCUUUGGAUUCCAUGAAAGUACUUACAGGUUUCUAGUAUUGCCAAACUUGGGUCACAGUCUUCAAUCAAUUAUUGAGAAAAAUAAGAAGCCUUUAUCUGAAAAAGCAGUAUUUCAGCUGGCUUAUAAAAUUAUUGAUGUACUUGAAUACAUUCAUGCAAAUGAAUAUGUACAUGCAGACAUCAAGGCAGAAAAUAUUUAUGUGAACCCAAAUGAUCUAGAACAGGUGUACCUAGCUGGUUACUCCUUUGCAUUCAGGUACUGCCCUGAUGGUAAGCAUGUCGAAUAUAAAGAAGGGAGCAGAACACCACAUGAGGGCACUGUGGAGCUGAUCAGUGUGGAUGCACACAAAGGAGCUGGGCCUUCCAGACGCAGUGACCUUGAAAACCUGGGUUAUUGUAUAUUGAAGGCAUUGUGUGGUUCCUUGCCUUGGUCUAACAAUGUUGACUCCCCCCAUUCUGUCAUGGAAACAAAACAGAAAUACAAGGCAGAUCUACCAGGUCUUCUGAAGUCUUGUUUUGGGAAAAGAAAAAUUCCAAAUGAACUGAAGAAAUACCUCCAACAUGUGGUAUCACUGCAGUAUGAUGAAGAGCCAGAUUAUGAAGAAAUACGAAAGCAACUAAAAGAUGGUCUUCAAAGACUGAAAGCCUCACCAAAUGACCCCUUGGAUCUUAUGAUAACCACUAAUGUGCAAGAUUGAGUGAUUAGAAAGGGGUUUAAAAGUUCUGAGUGUAUGAGCAAAUAUUUGAAAAUUUCAACAAUCAACUGUGAAGCCAGCAUAUUAUAUUGAGAUAAUUGUCAAAGCGUAUGCCUUACAAGAUGCAUAGUGCUAUUUUGUUUUUAAAUAAUGCUUUUUAUAGCUUUUUGGCAGGAGUUCCACUGCAAGUUUUUUGUAAACUUGGGUCAAUGCAUGCCUAUGUGUUUUUUCAAGUUUCUACAUUUACAUUUAGUGUUUUUAAAUAAAAUUAAAAGACACUUUUGUGAAGGGAUUUUGUAGCUGUAUUUUUAACAUUGUUUCUCACCUGCAAUGUAUUUUUCUCCAUCUGGACCAUUGCACCAAUUGUCACCAUUGGCUAAUUGUCUUUCUUCCCAUCACUGCCUCUCAUGACUGAUGUCUGUAAUCCAUUUGUCCAAAAAUAAAUAGUUUGAAAAGU